CAACUCUAUCAAGUAUCAAGUAUCUACAAAGCUAAGCCGGUAAGUAAGUGGUAAGACACUGAUACGAAACGGCGUCGUUGUAACUCGGCCUUCGUCUUCCUCUUCCCGGCGCCGCCAUCCCAAUCGGUGGCACAGUUCGGUCCCAAAUGCCGGAGGUCCCUUCUUUAGUUUCUCUCUGCAUCGACACACUCGCUCGCCAACUCUUCCUCCGGGAUAACGACCAUGACGACGACGACGACGACGAUGAUGGUGCUGUUAUUUCUGUUAUAUACGACCUUCCUUUCGAUUUGGUCAACACCUUAAUCACUCGUUUGCCUCCAUUCGCAUUGCUAAAGUUCCACCUUCACAUGCCAUUUCAAGACCAGAUUGAGGAAGGAUUUUCUCAUGAUGAAUUAACCAACAAGAGGAAACGUGGAAGGGAUUGGAAUCUAAAUACAAUUUGGCGGAAUUUUUUUAAACUACGGUGGCCUCAUCUCAUUGACCAGAUGCAACCAGCAGACUGGCUGCAAGCUUAUUGGGAAAACCAUUUACAGAACUGUUUAGAUGAAGCAGCAGAAAUAGCACUAGUCCCGUCUUUUAAUGGGUAUCUUAGCGACAUACAGAUUCCAGAUACAAUAUUGAAACAUAUUGGUUUUGGGGAACGAACAAAUCAUUCAACUUGUGACCAUUGUAAAUUAUCUUACCAUUGCCUUCGAUUUGGCAGUCAUGCGAGUCGUCUGAGGCUGCAAAAUGUUCUGUGUACUGCAGAAACUAGUGAUUUAUUAAGGGAAUGCAAGCUGCAGAUUCUGGUGCUAAGGUGUAUUAGAUCCAAGGAACAAAUUGAUGGAUUAUGCAAACUUCUCGCUCAACAUAGUAAAACAUUAACGUCCCUGGAAUUUGUUCACUGCACAAUUUCAGCCGAUUUUAUUAAUGGAUUAUGUGGUUCUAUGGUCACAGAGAGUGUACAAAGACAUGGGAUACAAAACUUCUCAAUUAUUGCCUCAAAUUUUCUGGAACCAUGUGCAGUAUCUUUACCUAGUGGACUUGUGUCAUUUUUGUCUUCAGGAAGGUCCCUGUGCUCAUUAAAAUUUUCUGACAGCCACCUUGGACGGAGUUUUGCAAAAUCUCUUCUUGUGACUAUUCUGAACCAUUUGCCUAGAAUAUCUGUCCUUGACCUUUCUGAUAAUAGGAUAGGAGGAUGGCUUUAUGACGUUAACAGGAUUUUUGCAAGCCGUUCAAAUCUGUGUCCAGGAAAUGGAAACUCCUUGCAAAUGUUGCGUGUACUCAACCUGAGGGGGAACAAUUUACAGAAAGAUGACGUGGAAAAUCUUAGAUAUGCUCUUGGUCACAUGCCUAACUUGGAGGAACUGGAUAUAAGUGACAAUUCCAUUGAGGAUGAUGGGAUCAGGAGUUUAGUUCCCUAUUUUGUUGGAGCAGCUGAGACUUGCUCUCACUUGUCACAUUUGAAAUUUGAGAAUUGUGAGCUGUCCCAUGAUGGGGUGAAUAAUCUUCUAGAUGCCCUUUCUACCUUCAAAGGACCAUUGAAAUCUCUGUCUAUUGCUGACAAUUACCUUGGGAGUCAAGUGGCUGGAGCUUUGGGAAAAUUUAUGAGCACCCCUAUCGAAGUGCUUGAUGUUGCAGGCAUUGGAUUGGGUUCAUCUGGUUUUUCGGAGCUUCAAGAUCUAAUAAAGGAGGAGGUUAAGCUGGUGAAAAUUAAUAUAAGCAAAAACCGUGGUGGCAUGGAGACUUUGAAGUUUUUGUCAAAAUUGCUGUCACAUGCUCCGCGACUAGUUUAUGUGAAUGCAGCAAGCAAUCUUUUGCCGAUAGAAUCAUUGGCCAUCAUCUUUUCUACAUUAAAAUCUUAUAAAGUAUAUCUUCAUACCUUUGCAAAUCGUUACAUGCCUAAUGCUCGGAGGUUUCUUGGCAUAAAUUAUGAUAGAGAAAAACAUAGGCAGGGUAAUCUUGAGCACUUGGACUUGUCGGGACAUAUAUGGGACUACCGGCAGGAUCGUGUUUCCAUCGACACUGAAUUUGUACAUAAUGGCAAACCUAGGCUGAUUCUUCCGUUACCAUCAGCCUCUAUUGUACCCUAUGAUGAUGAUCCUUAGCAAAUGUAUAUAGUAUAAUUUCAAUUGACAUUGCACGGUAAAAGCUAGUAGUAGUUGUUUCUUUCUUUACCAUUGUGAAUGUCAAACCCGUUUCAUGUAAAACGCCUUGAUUGUAAUGCAGUUAUUACUCAUGCCCAAAUUGAUGAAGGGGGCAGAGGGAGUAGCACAUUUCAUUAGAUGCUUUGAAACAGGACAUAUUCAAUAUGUUGUAAUUUAUUAAUCUGUUGUAGUAAGACACAGAAUAAACACUUGGUUUUCAUAGUAGUUUGGAAUUUUGGAUUAAUCC